UAUGUAGUAACCUUGGGACGUUGUUCGUUGGGGAGUAUUUACAUCACAGCAGCAUUUCAUUUCCAUUUCGCGCUAAAAGUUGUUUGUUGUUAUUUUACAUCUGUUGUGCCGUUCGAAAUGUCCUCAAAUAAGUUCUUUUUUGUAUUUAAAGAUUCCCUAAUAGAGAGUGAUAGUGCAAGCUUGAGUAUUGUAUCGCUGCGCAAUCCUGCGACAAGAAAUGAAUCAAAAUAUUUAAUCCGGCGCACCUCGGAGGGAUCACAGCUGUACGAAGUGAACUGCUUUAACGAACACCAUCGCUCAUGGUUCAUCAACGAAUCGGUGUGCUCUAAUGGGAAAAUUUUCCUGCCCACACCGAUCGACCCACUGUUUCUGGCGCUUCCAUACUUAGUAGCAGAGUGCAGCGAACGCGCAAUACCGUUAGAUCAAAUCUUGAUAGACGAUUCGUUUCCGCACACUUCAAACCUGACCGAUGUGCUGUCCCCGAAGCGUAUGAACUUGCUGGCUGAUGAAAAGCGGGCAGGCAACAUUCUUGCAUUUAAGUACAACGAGACAAAAACAUUGGAGUGGCUUGUUAGCAAAUGCCACCGAUUGAGCAGAGUUGUCAGCAAACAGGAAGGACCUGCAUCCCGUUCAUUGAAUUACAUCAAAGAAGAGAAGGAAAACGAAACCGAGGUGGAGGAGGACGAGAAGGCCACACUGCAUACGGCUCUCGGCAUCAUUGCCGAUUAUCUUUCGCUCGAGUUAGGUCGCAAGCUGUCGACGGCGCUGGGUUUUCCCGAGGAUGAAAAUAUUUCCAAAAAACGUAAAUCCAUAGUUGAUCUGGAGUCGGCUGUUGUGAAAAAACUCAAAAAGGAAGACAUCCACGAAACGACUCCCGUUAAGCUACCGGGAGCAGAGAAGAAAGUAACCGCGAAAGCGAAGGCACUAGCGAAGGCGGCUAGUGGGUCAAAAAGCAUUUCUAGCUUCUUCAAAAAAUAAACUCAUCCUGGUGGUAGUAGAUAAAA